AUGGAUGCAGAACUAUCAACAUUUUUAGAACGACAUGCCUUACAGUUUGAGCAAUCACUGGGUAGUAGGAAUUGGGAUAUCACUAUUAUUACUGGACAUGCUGACAUUUGUCCUGCUUCCAAGCUAUCAGCAUUAACCAGUGGCACUCAUUUUGCCACUGCAGCGGGCAAGAUAUAUGAAUACCAAACUAAACGCAGGGAAUUUUCGACAAAGGCACAGCGUCAGAGUCUGAUUCGACGGCUGAGAGAGACACUUGUGAAACUUGUGGUUAUCAGCGGAGUGCCGAAAAGCUUUGAGGCUAUCCUCGGCCUAGCGAGCACAAUCGAAGACGAGGAUAAUGACAAAACAUUUUCUCGAAGUGGUUGGACGCCUGAAACCAUUGCAGUUCGUGGAGAAGACAUGAAUAAUCGUAUUUAUCAGGGUGACGCGGACCCAGUGCUUCGUCUGUUACAGCCUCAUCAAGACUUCAUCUUUGUUCUUAAGGAUAUAGUCUAUGGUCUCUUUCUAUCCGAAGACUCCAAUCUCUCGAAUUUGGAAGCCGAGAUCGUGCUUCUCUCAUCACUGAUUAUACAAAAUGUUCCUAAGGAAGCCAUCGGACAUAUGAAAGGAUUGCUCAGGUUGGGAAUGGAGAAGGAAGUGCUCGGUAGUCUUGUAUCUGCCGUGGGUAACGUCGCUGAGUACAUGGGAAUGUCUGUACCAACAUUGCCGUCUGUAGAGGACAUUUGA